AUGUUUCAAGACAUUUACAGCCAAGCACAACCUCAACACUCAUACGCACAUGCUUGUGCGCCGCUCCGUACCACGGAAGAUCUUGAGCCAUUGCAAGUUUUUUCAUCAACGGUUCCCCAAAACCGUCUUCCGAGCACUUCCAUCCUAUCUCCACAGCAUUCAACGAGCAGAUCACUAUCCCUGCUGCCUUUGAACAACACCGAUUCCACAAAUCAGACUUCCAAUCCCGAAUCAUCUUGGAAUGACGCCUCGUCACCAUCUAAACGGGCACGCCUAGACUUUUUGAUGGAUAUGAUGAUGCCAUUGGACCCAACAAUAGGUUCGCCUGAGCUGUUGUCGACGUAUCCAGACGGUAUUAAUGAUACCAUCUCGAUAUCUUUAAGCUCGUUACUACACAACAGGGGGAUCACGUCAACCUCUUCGACUCAAGAAACGUUAAGUGUUGAUUUGCCAGAUCAUGACGUUCCAAUUCCCAGUAUAGAAUCUUGCGAUGCAGAUCACCCAUCUGCUGAAGAGACACCAAUUGCUGAAGAGACAGCAAUUGUUGAAGAGACACCAAUUGUUGAAGAGACACCAAUUGCUGAAGAGACACCAAUUGCUGGGUAUGGAUUUGAUUGGAUGACGUGGGAGGAGUAUACCAGUUGCGAUUUUAAUACGCUAGAGAAGUGGUUAUGA